AUGACAUCCGGAUAUCAUCCAGUCCGCCAUGAACGCGUGAUAAGCGCAGACAGCUUGACUCCUCUCACAGCGGGCGUAGAGCCUCAGCAUGAAAACAACGACAGCAGGCAGUCCUUCCAAUAUGUUGAUAUCAACAGCCUACCAUUACCAUAUCCUGCCGGCGGCGCCGUUCCUCAACAACCAGAUCAAAUACAUCCAGGAGCCCAUCAACAACAGCCUCUCUACGUCGGUGCUGACCAGCAACAGCAACAAUACUAUGACUACCAGUAUAACAACGGCGACUACCAAAACCCCCAGGGACAGUUUGAGGGCGGCGGCAUCCAACAAGUACCCCUUGAAGGCCAGCAAUACCAUGUCGCCCAGGGACACGGACAAGAAGGCUUCAUGUUCCCCCCCGACCCCAAACAAGCCACCACCUUCUCCGUCUCUCCCAUGUCCGCCUCCCCCGCCUCCUGGGAAAAGCAGCAACAAGGCCAUAAUACCAACCGGCAAUCAACCAUGAGCACCUCCUCCUUAAAAUCCGACAAACUCUCCGCCAUCUUCUCCAAAAACGGCACCUGGACCUACGAAACCAUCAGCAUGUUCGUCGCCCUGGGAGCCGUAGCCUCCAUCAUCGCCGUCCUCGCCACCUACGACGGCCAACCUCUACCUUCGUGGCCGCACUGGAUCACGCUCAACGCCGUCAUUGCCAUCUUAGCGACUGUCGCAACAGCCAGCAUGAGCGUCCCGCUUUCCGGCGGACUGGGUCAGCUUAAAUGGAUUCGUUUCAAGCAAGGCCGGGCUCCCCUCAGUGAUAUGGAGAUCUACGAUGAUGCCUCCCGCGGCGCUUUCGGCGCGGUGAACAUGCUUGUUAAGGCAAGGGGCGGGUUCGCGGGGAGUUUUGGCGCGGUGGUGAUGAUCGUUGCGCUUUUCUUGAGUCCGUUUGCGCAGCAGAUUGCGACAUUUCCUACGAGGCUGGUUGAGCAGAAGCCCGGUGGGGAUGGCAGUGAGAUGGCAGGGGCGGUUAAUUAUCGGACUGAAGCGUACGGACUGGCAUUGCAUGGAAAUCAGGAAAAACUCGGGCAGGCGUUCGUGCCCAUCUUACCCAUCAAGGCGGCUGUGUAUAAGGGUCUCUUCGCGGAAGAUGGCAGGCCGUGGAUGGGAUUGCCGUUUAGUUGUUCCACGGGCAACUGCACGUUUCCGCCCAUUGAGACAUUGGGGGUCUGCCAAAAGUGCGUCGAUAUGAGCGAGUAUAUGACGCGGUAUUGUCCCCCUGGCGUUUCGAACGAAGCCGACUGUGGCUGGCAGCUGCCCUCUGGCGCCGCAAGGCUCAAUUCUUCGGCGGAAGUCUUCGGCAUGACCUCCCUUUUCCCAGGGUCCUCCUCCACAAGCGACAGCACGUACAGCACGAUAAUGAAGCUCAUAUUCAUGGGCACCGAAACCAACGCCACGGGUCCUGGCGUCCUAGCACCAUGGGCAACCCAAUGCUCUUUGACCGUCUGCCUGCAGACCUUGUCGUCAAACAUAACCAACGGCUUUCUGCACGAGUCGCACAUCACCGAGCCACUAACAAACGACACCGUCCCCUCCCUCACCUCCCUCGCCGGCAGCAUCAACGCACUCGAACCCCUAACGAUCCAAUCCCCCACCAACUCUUCUUUGGUUUACAGCAUGUCCAUGGAAUCGAUCCUGGCCAUGCAAUCCUGGUUCUCGCGCCUCUUCGCCAACGGCACCGCCUCCCGUAACUCUCAAUACAUCAACCAGACCAUCUCCGACUUACCUUCCUUGAACUCCUCGCCCAACGUCGUCGUCAACCUCACCGUCGGUAUUUCCUCGGGAGAAACGUUCUUCGACACAGACAUCGUCCAAGCUUUUUACUGGAACUAUUACGAAUACCCGGCCCCCUCAAACCCGCAAAAGGGGUUGGAGAUGCUCAUGUCCGACCUAGCCAUUUCUUUGACGUCCACUUUCCGGACUUUGGUCGGGGUACCCAUAAACGGCACUUCCUUAAGUUAUGAAACGUUCGUGUCGGUAAGGUGGGGCUUCGUGGCGCUGCCUGUCACGGCGGUGAUCCUGGCUGCGAUUUUCUUGGGGUUGGCGGCUUGGGAGACGAAGCGGAGCGGGGCGAGUUUGUGGAAGACGAGCGCGCUGGCCAUGUUGUUCCAUGGUCUUGAUGAGGAUGCGAGGGAACGGUUUGAGGAUUUGAGGAGCUUGGAGGCCAAGAAGAGGGAGAGUAGGAAUGUCAAGGUUAGACUUAGUGCGGAGGUGGGGAGUUUGGAUGGGAAGGGCGGGACGCUAAAGAUUGAUGCGCCUGGGGGUUAUGAGUAG